AUGGAACCCUCCACAGUCAUCGGAUGCGUGUCUGCUUUGACCGACCUCUUCGCAGAGGGCGCGCAACACUACACGCUGUGGAAAAGAAAACGAUCCCGGCAAAACCAUUACCGGAGGACGGGGCGCGCUGGGCAGAAAGGCGUCGUUACCUGCGCAUUGACUACAUCUCUUGACGCUGCCGAAACACAGAUCAAAGAGACGUUUGAUAUUGCCUUCUCCAUUGUAGGGCCCGAUUUCUCCAAAGGAGAUGUCACUUGUACGGAUCUUCUUUGCAACCAGUUGUUCAACCUCAAAAGUCGCGUUUCCCAUUUGCGCCGGGCCGUUGACGCCACCUGCUUGACAGCUACGCUGAAUAUCGCCGAUAUCCUUCAAACAUCCGAGGCUAUCCGCAUCGCCUCAGUCAAGGCACUAACGGACCUUUACGGCCGCAUGGCUGUGGGUCGCUCUAUCCCUCAACACCUGCCCGUCCCAAAGCCUCGGUCGCGCCAAAGUAGCUUGUUGUCCCGACGCUCCGGAAGCUUUAUCGAUUCCAACAACGAUGAUGACGACAAGAUGACCAUCUGUACCGAUCAACCCCGCCUCCAAUCGGAGCCGCCUUCGCCUCCGCCGACCCCGCCAGACUCCAAGCUCAUUGUCAGCGAUGCGGCAUCCAUCUUUGCUCCGUCAACGCUGGCGCCCUCAGAAGCUGGUGGUGGUGGUGAUGCAUCGGCAGUCCUCCGUCCCAAAGUCAGCGUUUUCAGUAUGUUCUGCCCCAAGGCAAUGGUGCUUCAGGUUGACUUGUCGAAGCCCGUCCCAGAGGAUAAGAACUGUACGUGUGGUUACCGUUGGAAGCCAAUCCCGCCCGAGAAGAAAGACUUUAUUGUGCUGAAGGAGGGGUUCUGCAUGUCGAACCGAUUCCUUGCCAAGUCGCACUCCGACAAGGACGUCUAUGGGUGUAUUCUUUGUGUUUCAAGCGGAAAGACUGAGACGUAUGAUUCGUCACAGUCGUUGGCGGCGCACAUCAACUCGUGUCACACCAAGUGGCAGAUUCUCCACGAGAGAGACAUAGCCUAG